AUUCCUCAGGCCUGCAACAGCCAGGAGUCUUUGUAGUGCACAACAUCUUAACUUACUUCUCUAGGGACAAAGAAAACACACACACGGGCACACCGCCUGAAACUGCAGCACAUUGUUAACACCAUGGGUCGACUGUCCUACAGCAAGCGAUUAACAGUAUCCCGAAGACAGUUUCUCUUGGUCAUGGUCCUUGUCAUCGCUGGAUUAAUAUAUUUUCUCAAACCUAUUCAGUUAAGCUCAAUUCCUGAAGGCUCCUUGGUGAAGCAUGCCAUGAAAGAAAAGAAGAAGGACUUUCCUCUGAAUAAGACUUCUUGGGGGGCUCCUGUUGUAUGGGGGGAUAGCCCAGAAUCCAAAAAUGUAAGGCAGAAGUUCAUAAACAGGUCACCCACCGUCGGCUUAGCAGUAUUUGCAAUUGGCACCUACUCCCAGUAUCUUCAGCGGUUUCUGGCGUCGGCUGAAGAGUAUUUUCUUGCAGAACAUUUGGUAACAUAUUAUAUUCUGACUGAUAAUUUGAGAGGGAUUCCAUCAAUAACUUUGGGAGGAGGCCGUGAAAUCAAGCCAUUCUAUAUUGCUGAAAGGCCAGACUGGGUUCAUUUGUCCAAAAUGAGGAUGUCUUUACUGAGCAGCAUUAUUAAGGAGCUUCUAAAAGAUGAAGUGGAUUAUCUGUUUUGCAUGGAUGUCGACCAAGUGUUUAUCAACCCAGUUGGCUCUGAAAUCCUUGGGAACCUUGUAGCCACCCUCCAUCCUGAAUACUACAAUAAACCAAUUGACUUGUACCCCUAUGAACUAAAUAUGGAUUCUAAAGCAUACGUCUCAAUAUCAGAAGGCGACUAUUAUUAUUAUACAUCAGAACUAUAUGGAGGUAAAUGUCAUGAGGUCUACCAGCUAACUUUGGUGUGUUCUCAAUACAUCCUUCAGGAUAUGGAGAUUAACUAUCACGCACUUCUCUUUGAAGAGAGCUACCUCAACAAAUAUCUGAUCCAGAGAAAGCCUACAAGAAUCUUGUCCCCAGAGUACAACUGGCUGAAGUCAAAUAAAGACUCCAAGGAGAUACAAGUGAAGAGGAUCUUGUCCCUUCAGAGAUAAUGCAGCAUUCACCUGAAUAAACUUUUAGCUGUAUCUGCCACAUUUAUAUAGUUUAUUUAUUUGCAUUUUCAGUCAUUUGCAAACCGGAUGAUUUUACAAUGGGGUUUAUUUGCUUUGUUCAGAAAACACAGCAGUGUUAAACUAAGGUCUCGGACACCUCCACCAUGCUCAAAUUUUACAUUUCAUCCAAAUCUUUAGGGAGAAACUGGUUAAUGUGCUUCAUUAAACUUCUUUGCUUAA